CGGAAGCCGUCACCGUGGUGGUCGCGAGGUGCUCGCACGGUGUACACCGGAAAUAACGGCCGCGGUGGUGUCAUCGGCGGCGUCGCGGUGGUGAUCGGCAACGACACCGCGGCCGGGCCCACGUCACCACUGCUGCAGACGGCCACGCCGCCGACGCCGCCGCUCCUCGUCGGCCAACCAAACGUCACCGGUGGCGGCGGCGGUGGUGGUGUCGUGGUGGUCGGCGGCGGCGGCGAGGGCCCGUUCGACGGCGGCUACUGGUGGUGGGCCCUGCUGGCCGUGUUCCUGGUGCUGGCCACGGCCGCCGGAAACAUACUCGUGUGUCUGGCCAUCACGUGGGAGCGUCGGCUGCAGAACGUCACCAACUACUUCCUCAUGUCGCUGGCCGUCACUGAUCUCAUGGUGGCCGUCCUCGUCAUGCCCGUCGGUAUACUCACACUCGUCAAAGGAGAGUUUCCGUUCGCCCCCGUGUACUGUCUGGCGUGGAUAUGUCUGGACGUGUUGUUCUGCACCGCAAGUAUAAUGCACUUGUGCACGAUCAGCGUGGACCGGUACUUGAGCCUGAGGUAUCCCAUGAAAUUCGGCCGGAACAAGACGCGGCGAAGGGUGAUACUGAAGAUCGUGUUCGUGUGGUUGCUGUCGAUAGCUAUGAGUUUGCCGCUGAGCCUCAUGUACUCAAAAGACUUCAACUCGGUGCUAGUAAAUGGUUCUUGUCAGAUACCCGAUCCAUUGUACAAACUGAUUGGGUCGAUUGUAAGUUUUUACAUUCCACUAGGCGUCAUGAUACUCACGUACACGCUGACCGUCCGACACUUGGCUGCGAAGAGGCAAAAUCUGCAGACGGGCUUCACGCACAAUUCGAAUCAAAACAAUACGAGGAGAAGCUGGCGGCGUAUGUUGCGCCGAAACUACCGGAGGACCCGGUCAGACGAGACGGACAUCCGGUCUGCGACCGGUGAAGAGUUGACCGGCGUGAUGGCGUCGUCGACGGGCGGUGGUGGCGGUCGGAAGCAAAAGGGUCACGGCGAUUCGACGGCCGGCGCGGGCACGACGAGACCCGGCGGCAGCAACGGUGCGCUGGCGUCGGGCUCGCGGUCCACGGCCACGGCUGAAGACGAUAGCGGGGCCGCCGACAGCGUGGACGACAGCCCGCGGUCCGGUCACCACCACCGUCACAACAACCGCGAUCACCACCACCGGCCGACGACGCCCGGCGCGAGUUGCCGGGGCACGCCGCGGCCAUUCCGGCACAACCCGUCGGUCGGGUCCACCGACACGGAAAUGACGUCGCUGGACGCCCGCGAGCUGUGGCUACCCGACACCGAGCCCACGCCGUCCACCAUGUCUGCCCUGCACCAGUUCGGUGCCGAAAUGCUGCGGCUGUCCCGUGGCUUGGAGAAGGUAGCUUCGCCCGAGUCCAAGCCGGCGUCCCCCGACACGUCCAGAUUGUCGGACAACGGAGGUGGCCUGGACGACGACGACGACGACUUUGGCUUAUGUAACGUUGACGACAUGGGCGACGAAGAAGACGAUUAUGAAGGAGAAGAAGAAGGAGAAGAAGAAGUAGAAGUUGAAAGAGGAGGUGCUUGCGAUUCGAUGUGCUCAGAAGACGUAUCCACUUGCAUCGGGACGCCACGGUGUAGGCGGGCCAAGCGGCAGCGACGACGGCGGCGGCGACGGUCGGGCACGUUGCACGAGUCGAUGCGCCGGCGGUUCGAUGGUCCCAACCACCACCGCCAUCUGCACCAUCACCACCACGCACACCCAUACCACCACCAUUCGCACCACGAGCAGCAGCACCACCACCACCAGGGCCGACCCGCUCGAGUCCGGAGCUUUCACGAGGACGAACUGACUAGGAACCGGACAGGACCCACCUCGUCGGACGUCACUGGGACGGUAGUUGUGGACAGCGGGCCAAAAAUCGUAGGGACGCUGCUCAAACAGGAAUACCAACGAAAACCCGGUCUAGACGAAGAGAUCUGUCUGCUGCCACCACCGCCUCGUCGACGGCAACGGCGUGGACGUUCUGCGUCCGCGAACAGUGGUGGUUCUGGUGCCCGUAAUGUGACAGCGGCAUCAGUGACGUCACCGUCUCCGUCGCCGGUCUUGGUGGCACAACCAGCGCAGACGACGCCGCCGCCUCAAAGGCAUCCACAGCAGCAGCAACAACAACAACAGAAGACGGCCACGCGUGUCGACACACUGACCGUGUGGUCAGCUGCGUCCAACGCGUCCAAGACGACGACGUUAGCGGCGGCCACAGGAGUUGGUCAACCGUUGCGCCGAGCCAUGACGCAAAAGCCGAUACGCAAGCAGACGCCGACCGCAAACACGACGUCAGUCACUGGAAAACGUCACUCGCCACUGAUCCGGUACGGGUCCACGCUGGGCCUGCCAUCGCGACAGCAGCAGCAAACGUCGCCACAGCGGUCGAACAACGCGAGUCGGUCAAGCGUCAUGAUCCGCAACUCGUACCGUCAUGGCCGCAUCAUCCGGCUAGAGCAGAAGGCCACCAAGGUGUUGGGGGUCGUGUUCUUCACGUUCGUGUUCCUGUGGACACCGUUCUUCGCGCUCAACCUGCUGCCGUCCGUGUGCCCGAACUGCGAGGCCGACAUCAGCAAGGGCCUCAUCGACCUGGUCACGUGGCUGGGCUACGCCAGUUCUAUGGUCAACCCGGUGUUCUACACCAUAUUCAACAAGGUGUUCCGGCAGGCGUUCAAGCGGGUGCUUAUGUGCAAGUACCGUGGCCGCAGCAAGCGGCACUCGUGGCCACCUCCACCGCCCGCCAGGAAGGUUUGAACCUAGGUCCUGAAUUUAUACCAUGCUCACACACACACACACACACACACAUCUCACUACCUGCCUUGUUCCCAGUUACCGGCAGUCACCACAGUCAUGGUAUCCCGUGGUACCAUCAACAUCUCUCAAGCCAAGAUCACAAAUGGGUCAUCUGCCGUGUCGUGUAGCUUUUAUUGUAUUUUGAUCGGCCGUUGUAAUCAUGAUAUUAUAUUGCCAUACCGGUAUCAUUGAUCUACCAUGAUAUACCAGCAGAUUUCAAUAGUUGGGCUGGCCUCAACUUUUGGACACGACACGACACGACAGGUUACAUAGCUGUAAACCAUUUAUUCGUAAAUAUAUGCAUAGACUAUAGAGCAGGGGUGGCCCCAACGAGGCUCGCGAUCCGCAUGUGGCUCUUGAGUCAGUUUCAUGCGGCUCUAAGAUAUUUCUAUAACUAAAUAAAUGUUUAAUACAAUUUAAUAUUUAACAUUUAAUCAUUUGUUAAAAAAUGAAAAAUGUGUCUUCAUUUUAUAAACAUCUCUGUGGCUCGCUUCAAAUAUUUGCGGCUUCCAAAAUGAAUAUUAGUGGCCACCCCUGCUAUAGGGUAUAGAGGCACACCGUUAAAUACAAUUAAACUGUUGAAUAUUAUGACUUCAACUGGAAGGUUUUGAAAAUAAAUUAACAUUCAAGCAUGCGAAGGGCGGGGGUACAGUGUACACAGCUAUCAACAAUAUACUCUGUUCAGAAUGAGAUCAUACCUCGGCAGCGACAAAUUUUCGUUGCACGACGGUCAGACGUCCUCAUUAUGGCGGCGCGUAGAGUUGUAUCGUGUGACCAAGUCACGCCCAUGGGCAUAAGUUGGCCGCCGAGGUACGAUUCUGAACAGAGUUAAGUUUUCCAUAAUACGUUAAGGGUUAAGGUUUUACAUACCGUGAUUUUCUGUUUUUGUCUAACACACGCGCGACAUAGGAUUUUUGACGGAUUCUUUGCCAAACUUAUCAAUUGAUCUAAUGAAGUGAUGAGAAUUCUGAAAACAGAUUUGAAUUCAUCGUCAAGUCUACUUGAAAUCGAUUUUCCCAAAAUUUUGAUUUUAGCUUCUCCAAAAAUUUAAAUACAAAAAUUUUUAAAUACUCUUUUUUAAUAUAGCGUUUUUUUGGAAUUUGGGGGAUAAUAUCAAAAAUGUGGGAAAGUCGAUUUCGAGUAGACUUGACGACGAAUUCAAAUCUGUUUUCAGAAUUCUUAUCGCUUCAAUAGAUCAAUUGGAAUGUUUGACAAAAAACACGUCUAAAAUACUAUGUCGCGCGUGUGUUAGACAAAAACAGAAAAUCACAGUAUCGAAUCCCCUUAAGAUAAGUUAAGUAGUGCAAAAAAAAAAUCAGAAUUGCUCUUCAAUCACCAUGCGCAUUCCAUUGACCUAUUACUAUAUUAUUUAAAUAUGGAUUAUUCAAAUGUUUGUUUCGGUUUGUUUCGCACUAUAUCUAAUCUAAAAUACUAUCUCAAAUAAAUUGAAUAAACAUUUUUCAAAAAAACAUCAAGUACAAAUAUUUCAAACCAUACAUUGAAAAUAAUCAAUAAUUUUUAAGAUCAUAAUAAAUCGACCGUUUUAACAAAUCACUGCAAUAACACGACUAGGUACUCGCGUAAAGAAGCGUCCGCAAAAACCAUAAUCGUAAUAUUACUUCAUUCUUUCAUACAAUACGCGGUUGAAUUUCUCGUGAAAUGUCAUAAUAACAUAUUAAUAUAAUCGACAAAUUUAACUUCCCCCUAGCAAAUAAAUACGCAAAACUAGUAAAAAAAAUUAGAGAAAUCCGUGUUUUUGUAUCUAUAUUAUUAUAAUAGACGUCGCACCUUAAUUAUUAAAAUAUGAAAAUGAAUAAAUUUAAUCAAUUUUUCACUAUUCGCGACGUGUCCUAAACCGUUGUACAGUAUUUCAAUCGAGUUUACCCUUUAAGGCGAUUUAAGGUCACCGAAAUUAUUUACAUGUCAAUGAAAUGAACCAAAUUUCUAUACACCUAUAUGGCUAUAUCCAAAAGUGAGCUAGUUUAACUAGUUAAACAGUAAAUUUAAUUUUAACUUAACUAAUUAGUUACAACUUAGGAACUCGAAUAGAUUAACAGACUAUUGAAACAACUAAGCUUUUUCAGUUGAUUUGAAAAUAAUCUAUCAAAUCAAUAUAUUUAAACAAAAUUUGAAAUAUACGGUUUUAUACAUUAUCUAAUAAUUAGAAAAUAGUGUUUGUCUGUAUACAUGGUUUAAAGUUAAAAUAAUCUAAUACUAUUAUAAAUAGGUAUUGUUAGUAAUAAUUAUAAAUUGUUCUGUUAUGUUUCUUGAUAAAAUAACAUUAGGUAUAUAAUAUAUAGAUAUAGGGACAAAAUUCUAUUUUUGUGAUCAGUGUACUAAACAAAAAGUAGAUUAAUUUUUGUUCCUUAUUAACUUUGAACUCAGCAAGUUAAUUUUAUUAUUUGUUAAUCAUGAACUUCUAACUAUCUCGUUGUCACUGAUGUUAACUUAACUCAGGUUAAUUAUUUUAAUUAACUCGCCCACCUUUGGCUACAUUAAACUCGUUGAUACACGUGGUUUUCUAUAGUUUAAAGAAUGUUUACACCAUCUAUCGAUGCUAUUGCAUCCUACUCCUGCAUUCAAUAUAAUAUAAAAUAUUAUAUUUAUCGCUGUACGAGAAAAAAUAAGUUCGAUGUCCCGUUCAAACAGAUCAGUUUUUUAAUAUACAAACGAUUUUCAUUUUUAAUUCCUAUGUAUUUCUGCAGCGACCGUUAUCGCUUUAGAGUACAGUGUUGUUAUUGUUGUUGUUGUUGUUGUUGUUGUUGUUGUUGUUGUCGUCGUUCAUAGGCGUGUUUGCGGGAGGAGCCGGGUGGGCACUGCCCCCCCCCCCGGCAGACUGCGCCACCAACAAAACCAUGCCAGGAUAAAAAAAAAAGUCGUGUUGUGUGUAUCCUGCAGUACCUAUAGAUUUUGAUUAAUUGUAACUUUUUUUUAGUUACGCUAAUAUAAUAUUAUUAUGUUUAUCAAUCCUUUAGAACUACAAAACAUGGUACUGUUGUGCCCGUUUACCAGGUCUUGCGCUGUGAUAUCAGAGAUUAAAUAAAAUUUUAUCUAAAAUUAUAUAAUAUGGUUUUAUCAGCUAAAAAUAUCCAAUUACCGAUUAUCAUUUCAAUUUCGCGUAUUUUAACAAGUUGGGACGUAGUCAUUUUUUGAUAUAAUACAAUGUUUUUGAAGCCGGCCAGAGUAGAGAUAUAGUUUAGGUCACCCAUUUAGUAAUCUUAGAUAAUAUAGUAUAUAGGUUAAUAUUUAACCAUUAGCCUGUCAUCUACCUGAAGAUAAUUGCUUUUUAACAACAUUAUUUAAUUCCGAAGCCUACCCACGGUGGUUUUACACAGCAAAUCGGAGGAUAUUUUCGAUUUUUCUGUCCGAGUGCAGCACAAGCGAGCGAGUGGCAACGUUAUCAGAUUAUGUGCAUUUUAACAACUUUGUUUAAUUCCGAUGCUUACCCAAUGUGGUUUUACACAGUAAAUCUGGAGAUAUUUUCAAUUUUUUUGUCCGAGCGCAGCGCAGCAAACGAUUGCCAACGCUAGCAGAUUAUGUGCUUUUUAGUUUUUAAUAACUUUGUUUAAUUCUGAGGCCUACCCAAGGUGGUUUUACACAACUAAUCAUUUUUUGUUAAAAAACGUAAAAAAAAAUUAACACCAUUGUCUUAAGCAUAAAAAACAUUUGAAAAUAGUGAGGGGGUUGGUGAAGUGCAUUUGUUCCAAAGUAUUUUUUAAUUUUUUGACAAUGGUUAUGCUUUUUGAUCAUAAUUAAAAUAUAUUCCUACAUUGGUGAAUUUCGUAGCAUAAAAAUGAAUUUUUUUUCAUGUCUAAAAAAAAAUAUAGGUCUCACAAUUUAUUAAUUUGUUGUGCUCCCUCGGCCACCAAAGUCUGAACACGCCUAUGUUGUCGUUGUUUUUCGCUGUUGUUCGUUUCGAAAUACGGACCGGCUCUGCGGCGGUUCAUGGGCGGGCGUGACGAGGGUACUCGAGACGAACGAUAAAACAUAUCAAUCUCUUUUCCACAAUACAGCAGGCCGAUGUUUGUUUGGAGCGAAUAAACCGUUUUAGAAUAUUCGGGUAUUCUUUUGGCGGCGUAAUAAUAAUGUAGUCCGUGUAAAAAAAAAAAAAAAAACACAAAAAAAUCAUUCCGUCCCGUAAUAUAUUGCAGUCCUCGCGCGUGUACAGUAAUUAAUCGCGUUUGAAAUGAUUUAUUGCCGAGAAAAUGUUUAUCCGACACCUGCGAGCGAGUGGAUUUAAAAAGAAAAUUAAUUCGAGACGAGAGCGCAGACCGAUAAUAAUAUUAUUAUGACGGGCGCUGCAGUAUCCUGCAGACACCGCGAUGCAAUAACGCGGCGAUCGUUCGGUACGGUUUUUAAUAAUAAUAAUAUUACUGUCGCAUUACCUGUGGAUUUUUAUUAUUUCCCCUCACCCCACACAACUACCAUUUUCACGACAGCACUGUAAUUGCGCCAUGACCGUUUUCACACCAGCCCGUCUGUUUUUCUCGACUCUGCAGGUUAUGCAUGAUGCAUGGUAAUGCACUUUUCGAUGACGCCGCGCCGGUGAUAUUAGUCCAAUCGUGUGGACCAUGUACGGUUUUAUGCACCGUUAGGUCCUAUCGUUAUUAAAAUACAUUAUUUAAUAAAAUAUUCCAUAUAGCACAGUGCUUAACAACUGAAAUGGGAAAUAUUCAACAUCUCUAAUUCUUAACUGGGUACUACGGCUGGGUUAUUAUAGUUAUUAGUCAUGAAUGGAAUAUCAGUAUUUUUCAAACAGGAUUUUCGUGUGAUCUGAUCGCAGUUAAAACUAUACGUAUAUACGUAUUUGAGCCUCGUGUUUGGUAAACAACCGUCGUCAACAAUACAAUACAUUUACUUUACCAAAAUACUCAUACUUAUAGAAUUGAUAUAAUUAAUAACCACGUUUGACUCGGGGUUAUAUGCCGAUAUCUCAAUUAAUUGAAUAGAUAUGUAUUUAUGAAAAAAGUUUGAAUGUUUACCAGUGCAACAUCGCCCUAUACCACAAUAUUCUAAUACACCGUUCAGUUGUGUACUUAUUCUUAAUAUUCAGUCAUAAUAAGAACUUAUACAUUUCCUAUCCAAAACAGCGUACGUAAUUAAAAAAAAAAACCAUUCGAUUUGACAAUUCAUUAGUUUCGUUACCUGUGCAAUGAGUACAAACAAUAUUAUGACAACACAAAAACUAAAAUAGUAAUAUAUGUGUAAACAAAAUCUAUUGUUCGGAAUAAAAUAUUAAAUAAAACAAGAACUUUUAUGCAAACUAUUGAGCAAUAUGAAGUUAUAUACACAAGAGGUUUCAAACAAGAUUACACAGAAAACAGCACAGACAAAACAAUUUUUAACUAAUUAUCAUUAUAAAUGCUACGUUUGGAACGUAAUUAAAUUACACUAUUAUUAUUUUAACUAUAUCUAUAAUUUCGUUUAUGCCGUCCCUCUGUUUCUAACUUCUCGAUUUCUUCGGAAUCGUAAAAUUAUAACAUACCUAUAAUAAUAUACGGUAAGCCUGUGUGUGUGUGUGUGUUUGUUAUUACGUUUACAAGUUUGCAAAACCCCGAUUUCAAAACCGUUAACUUUCAAAUCGGCGGUAUUACACGAAUAUUAUUUUAUAAAAAUAUGGACGACUUUUCGACCGAUUAAGUAGACCACGUGAACGAUCGUACAAUGAAAUAAUAUAACCAAAAUCGUACGAAAACGCAACAACAUAAAAAUGUCCACGACACUAUAAUAAUACAACUUAUUAUAUGAUCUCUUUUAUGUAAAACCGCAUUGAGACUAGUGACCAUGGCGAUAAGUUGUCGACAACGUACCUAUAUAUUAUGAUAUCGGUAAGUAGGCGGGCGGGGUAAAUGCACACACGAGGCGAUGGGAAUAUGUAGGUAUAAAUAUAAUAUGAUAUAAUAUAAUAUAUAUAUUAUAUAUGUAUAUUAAAACGUACGCCCAUAAGAUAAAUAACCCGAAGAAGGCGGAACUUCCGUGCCGCCGUCCGGAAAACCUAACCUUUAACUACAGAAGCGGUCUGCCGACGACAGACGCUUAUUGUGAUUUUUUUCCAUCCGGGACAACGUUGAGCCUUAUCGUCCGUACGAGUAAAAUGCGGUCCGGUCCCGUGUGGGUUGCAGCGUGUAACUUCCGCGUGAAAAUGACAAUAAUAAUUUCCAUUUCCUGUCCGUCGUCGUCGUCAGAUAGUCGCAAUAUUGUCGAAAAGCCGUACUCCUACAAUACAUACGCCAUGCACUCAUACGCAUAUUAUAAUACAGCAAGAUGAUAAAAUAUCCUUAAACAAUUUACAAAACAAAUAUAAAAAUCACAAAUUGUUUUUUUUUUUAUUGUUGUUAUGUAUUAUAUAUUGCUAUUAUAAAUAUUCGUUUGAAAACAGACGAAUAUUUGUUUGUAAAUUGUAUAAAAUAAUUUUACCUUAUUAUUAUAGCGAAUUCAUUGUAAAUAUUGUGUUAUUAUUUUUUCUAUAAUAAUUGUUUGAAAAGAAACUAACUAUAGUAUUAAUAUUAUGAAUGUAUUAUGUGGUAUUUAAGAUAAAAAAAACACAACUUGUGAGCAAAAAAAAAAACACUUGAUAUUAUUUUGAACAAAUUCAAAAGCCGCAUUCGUUACUUUUGUAUAUUCUCACAAGUGUAAUUUUUAAGUCCGACGCCGUGGAGUGUACUCAAACGAGGUUAUGUUUUUAUUAGAAUAAGUAAUAUACUUGUAUAAUUCGCUACGAUUUAUAUUUAUGGGCACGGCCCUUUGGACCAAUUUAAAAAAAACCCUAUUUGGAUCAAUUUUGAAUACCUGUUUGAAUUGAGAUUAAAAUAUAAUAUAAACAUUUUAAAAUCUUACAUGGCCAUGCAUAAGCAGAAAUCGAGCCCCCCUCCCCCCUCCAGAAGCUUAAAAUACGGUUCUUGGUUCAUCAAAAAAACAUUUUUAGGUUGCCAGGAUGGAGCCCCCGCUACAUGUUGAUCAACAAAACCCCCUCACAUCUAUAAGUUAUUGGAAGAGAAAUUUUACUCGUUAAAAACGUAUCUUUUCUAAACACAGAAUUAUAAUAUUUCGAACCAUCAGUCUGCAAUCUUAUUCCGGCGAUAAUUUGUAUAAAUUAAUUAGACAUUUUCAUAUUAACAUUCCGAUGUUAUAAUCCUGGAAUAGAUUUCAUGUAUUGUAAUAUUAGUUAAUAAUAAUAUAAGGGGGGACGUAGUGGCCGAGCGGACUAAGGCGUCGGCUGCGAUGCAGCCGACCCGAGUUCGAUAUCUUGGCCGCGAGCGGCAUUUUUAUUCGGGCAAGUCAUGGUGUCCGGAGAACUAGUGCCACCAUCCCCCCACCCGGGGCACGGCAGAAACCUACGGGUGCCCCAUUAGAAACCUAACCAAUUGAAAAACCUACAGUGCCCUCCCCCACACCCAAUGGUCUAUGUUUCCGCGGGUUACCCAAUGAAAAAAAAAAAAUAAUAAUAAUGAUAGUAUAAACAAUAUUUACCUGUAAUAAGUAAGCCAUUGGUAGAUUGUAAUUUGUAGGUAGUAUGUUCUUAUACACAUAUGAUUUAAUAAAUAUAUAUUAUAUUGUUUAUUAAUUAUUGAUAGUAAUAAACCAUUUACUUGACACAACUCGUUAUAGGGUAUUGCAUAAUUUGGUCACAGUAAAAUAAAAGCGGGUAAUAAGAACGAUGUGGUUAUAAUUAGCCACAAGCAUUUAAUCGCGUAAGCUAAAAGAGUGUAAGUUAUAAGAACGUAAAGUUAAUAUAAAAAUUAAAUUAAAACACAAUAAAAUUAUUAUAUAAUUAAAUAAUAUUAUUUCUUGAUAGUAUUAGUAGUAUAUAUAAUAAUAAUAUGACGAUUAAAACAAAUAAAAACAAUUUUUAUGAAAUAAAAAAUAUACCUAUUACCUAUUUCAUAUUAUUAUUAAAUAAAAAAAGAAAAUAUUAUAAAUCCGUUCUAAGUAAAAAAUAAAAUAAAUAUAUUUGAAACUGAAAAUCUACAGCGAUUCCUCUAAAUUUCCUUGAAUAGCUUUAUUUCCGAAUUAACAGUACCUACAAUCUACAAACUAUCUUUUUAAUUUAAAGACCAAAAUCUUUUGACGUAAUUUUUUUAGGAGGAACCUAAUUUUUUCUGGUCUAACUUCGAAUUGACGUAAACGUAUCGUAGAUUUUAGAUUUUCAGAAUAUUUUCCCUAGUGGCUAAAACUUUCAAUAAAACCCCAAAAAAAUUUACCCAAGUGCAUAAUACAACCCUCGACUUGUGUGUAUGGGUAAACAUGUACUUACCACGGUAUUGAUGGUGGUCUUUCAAAAUAUAACUUAACAAUUUUUAGUUUAAAAUUAGGUUCAGUCGAAUUUAAUGUUACAACAAUUUGACAAUAUGCAUAUUCUCAGUUUUAUUGGGUAAGAGAACGUAAACUAAUGACAUGACAUUUUUAUCUAUAAUCAUAUACGAAUCGCAAUAUUGUAAAAGAGAGUAAACAAUUUUGGAGUUCAUGAAAAUGUAACAUACCUAACCAAUAUUUACUUUGUUUUUGUAAUAAUUCUUAAUUGUGUAUCGUUGAUAACAAUAAAGUCCGUUUAAGUUUCCUCGAAACAACCGUAUAAUAAAAUUCGAAAUUGUUAUCACCCUACAGUUUUCUUUUACACGUCUGAAAUAGGUACUUAGAUCAGUCAAUGCUGUCAGAUUAGUUGGCACCGAACUAUUUUAUUUUAUUUUACGUCGUACCAUUCGUGCCGGCUGGUUGAUUGAUGUUAGUCAAUGUUAGCAAUGUUCAAAACAAUUUUUAAAACUAAUAAAUUAUUAUCAAUACUUUUUUGCGUGUGACCUAAUCGGGUACAUCGCUCUGACGAUCUUAUGACGUGUGAUCAAUAUAUAUUUUACCGUACCUAAAUGACGAUUUGGGGUGCGUGUGGCGGAAAUACUUGCCCAACUAUUACACCGAAACAUUAUUAGACGCUUCUAAUCUAAUGAUAUAAAUAACAACAGGUACAAUACUCGUACAUUAGUACAUUACAGACAACAGUAAAUACAGUUACAUAAUAUUAACACCAACAAAUUGGAUAUGUGCCGCUGACUUUCAACAAACAGACGAUAAGGCAUCAUGACGACAAUAUUUGGUACCGUUUUAUAUUAAUAAUUAGAUAUUAUAUAGGUAACAUAGACUAAUAGUGUUAUAGUCAAAAUCAUCUUACAGCGAUCAUUUCACAGAAAUUUUCGUUGGAUUUUCCAAACAAACAUUGUGUUGAUAUUAUAAUAAAAUAUAUUCUAACGAUAACAAUCACAGAAACGUACAAAUCUGUGAACAAUAUUAUUCAUCACUAUGCAUCACAUCUUAGGUAUUGAAACGUUUCGUCAGACUGGAGGUGAUAUUGUUACAUUACCACACACUAAUAUGAUAAUACAUAGUGACGAUCGCGAUGGCCUAGAAAACCGUUUCACAAGACUUACCGACGAAAAAAUUCGCUUCAAAUUUACUAUAAACAAAUAAUACAAUGCUAAGGUCAACUGCCCUUUCGGGACUGUGGUUACACACUGGUCGGACCGCGAACAUUUUAGAACCUAACUGUGACGGGGGUUAACAAUUGCUGUGUAGUGUAGCAUCAUGUAUUCCAAAAUAAUAUUUUCACUUUUAAUAUCCAAUAUAUACAAUACCAGCUAGUAAUAAAUAAACUAUUGCAUUAUUAGAAUAUUUAUCUCUAUCAUCUAAUCAGUGAACAGUCUAACCAGAAGAUAACCACACGGCCUCAAGUUUACAAAAUAAUAUUCGACUUUGUCAUAGACCUAUAAACUAAUGGACAGCGCAUAGAGAGAGAGGUCAGGAGUACGGUAUAGAGUAAAAGAGAAAAGAGAACGUGGGGGAAAUACAGUAUUAGUUUCCAUAGACGUAUGAUUACCCCCUUUAUGUUCUUUCUAUCUUUUCUCUCUUCGUUCUUUCUUCUUUCUUUCACUUAUAUGAUUCCCGUGCAUUGAGGGCAGGGCGGAGUGGAAUGCGCUGUCCAUUAGUUUAUAGGUCUAUGGACUUAGUAGUAGUCAUUGCAUCGCGCUGGUCGAUGUUUAUAGGUCACCACAUUUUGGUAAGCCAAUCAGAAAAAAAGUAUUUGAUACGACGAGUUGUGAAUCUCCCUUUGAUGGUUCGGCGACCACUUUCCUGCAAACGCGAUUGUAGCAACCGCUGUACGCUUCGCAGGUUUGACCGCUGUUGAUAGUAUUGAAUAAUAUAACAUGGUAUACUCGUGGUGAGUGGGUAUAUUUUCCAUCAGUCGUCAUUGUUAAGCCAACGGUCGCAUUACGUAUUAAUCGAGCGACGUGCAUUAACGUCACGUUGUAUUAUUCAUAUUAGGUAUAAUAUAUCUACCUAAAUUCGUUUUCAUAUUAUAAUAUUAUACGUUAUUUCGGAUUAAAAAACAUAAUCGUCGGCUGACUUGUGCGCAAGGACAUGUGACUUUACUACAUAUCAAGCUUACAAAUGAUUCACUCAGUGACAAGCAUGACGGAUGACGCAUGAACGAUAAAUUGGUCACCAAUGAGAGUAAGUUUUUUUUUUAACUUCAAUUGAGAACAUAUCUGUCAUAAAACAGACCCCGUGUACUAGAUUUACAGCGUAAUUAUAUGAACACGAACAAAACGUACAAUUGGGUAGGGUGCAAAUUCGUCAGGAUGAAACAAAAAGUCACCAAAAUUGACAUUUUCGUCUUUAUAAGAUAACGCUGCAUGACAUGACAAAAAAUUAAAAUUAAAUUAUGCUACUUAAAACUUAUGGCAAAAAAUGUAAAAAUGUUAUGGUUAGUAAAUAAUUUAAGAAAUAUCCUCAGGUCAAGAAAUUCUUAAAAAUAAUAUUUUGAAAAAAACUAUUAGUAUAAUAUUAUACGUUCUAAAUUAAUUUACUCAAAAAAUAUUUAUCUUUUAAAAAAUUCUAAAAAAUAAACUUCUCGACUUAGGUAAAUGUUUUACCAUCAAAAUUAUUGUACUUAUAAUCAGAUUUACAAAUUGGUUAUUUUGAAUUUUUCCAAUUUAAAAUUUAUUAUUUUUAGUAUUACAAAAUAAAAAUAAUUUGUUUUAUAUUAUGCGUGUAACGCAAGUGACUAUAAAUUGUAUUAUAAAUAAAUAAAAAAGUUAAAAAAAUAUUGAUUAGAUCAAAAAAUAUUUCAUCUGUGUAUUUAUAUUAUACAUAUAAUAUUAUUAAACGUAUUCUUUUUUUAUUUAUACUAAUAUUAUGGUAAUACAUAUUAUUGGCAAUGGGGGAAGAGGAAUUGUAUUUUAUGAAUGUAUUAUAUAACUCGAUAUAACUACAUUUGUUGUACGCUUAAUUUGUGGUAUAGUGUAUACAUAUAAUAUAAUGUCUGAGUUAUAAUGGGUGGUUUUGCGCUGCUUAAUUUUUAUAGAGGUGGAAAAUUAUUUUCCUUCACUCCCUUUAAGUUAGUCCUGUGUUAAUUAUAAUAAUAUAAUUUGGUGUUACUGCUCUUACGUAACAAUAAUAUACAUUGACAAGGAUAACCAAUACAAAAAUAAAUAAUAGGUAAAUAUUAUAAAUUAUACUACAAUUUUAUAAUACCAAAUAAUCUUCAUGUAUAAAUAAUAUUGGUCCAGAUGGGUUGUAAUUUUCACUAUGAAUAUCCAGUGUUCAUAUUUUAUAAUAUACGUAUCAUUGUAUAAUGUAUAUUAAUUUAGUUAUAAUUAUGUUUGUGUAAAUAUUGUUUUUUUUUUGUCAAAACUAUUUGUUUAACGGGAUCGAUUCAAUUCUUUCCAUAGAAGUAUAUUUACAAUAAUUAUAUAUUAUUAUAAUUUAAUGUAUGACGUGAUGUGUACUCACUGCAGUCUAUGCGGUGAACGAUUUACGAAGCGUAAUAAUUCUAAAGGUAUAUUGAAAUAAAAUAUUUAAAAAAAAGACACUUCCAAAGCUUGCGACGUCACAUUUUACGUUGCGAAAAUUUGUCUUUAAGUGUGUUUCUGAGGAAAAAAUAAUGGUAAUAUUCAAAUCGUAACUGAACGAUAAAAUAUUAUAUAAUAUACAAUACAUAUUUAUAUAGUUGAUAUAAGUGAAUCGUAUUCGUAAAAUAAUAUAUUGUUAUUAUUAUUGAUACAUAUACAAUAAACAUAUUAUUAUAUAAUUAUAUAAACAUUUUUUUCCUUUUCACGCUUUCGAAUCGAUGUUACAUGAAUUUAUUGUAUAUUAAUAUUUAUAUUAUUGUUGUCGCUCCUUCAAACAAAACGUAUCUAUUUAGAUUAGUUUACAAAACAUGGUUUAUCAAUAAUUAUUUACGUGUAAGAUGUGAUGAAUUAAUUUACAAUGAAAUAAAA